AAGCAAUAAAGUUCAUUAUUUAGUAGUAAAUUAGCUAUCCUUUAUCACAUUCUUUAGUUCUUUCGUAGAAGCGUUCUAGUUUUACAACGCGUGAGAUCCAAUCACGCAUCUUUUAUCUUAAUGUAGCUCUACUUUCCUGAAGUUUUAAACCAUGUCUAUGAUUUGUUUAAGCAUAUGCUGGCUAGAAGGUUUAUUUAAUUCUGCCUACCAUCUGCCUAGUCUUUGGAGCCUUGAAUAUGAGCAGUGUUGAUGAAUAUGUACUGGGUGUCAAAACCUAUCACUUUGUAGUUAGAGGCAAUGUGGGUGUGACUGAAUGAUAUGGUGUUUAGAGGCAAUGUGGGCAAGAUGGAACACUUGGUGUUGUUUCUUGCUUAGACACACAUGGGUGUUUAGUUUUCACCAUCUACUGUCAAUUGCAUAACAGUCUUCUCGUGCUUGUAAGAUUGGAAGUGAAGACAAUGUGGGUUUAUGGGAGAGAUUGCUUAGACUCUUCUAAGUGUUCUCUUUGUUAUCUGAUUGUCAAUUGCAUGACAAUCUUGCCUAUUUUAUGGUUCAUUUGCUCUUUAAGCCAUUAUUUCAUUUGUGAAUAAUUUUCUUACAGACCUUAUUUUGUUUCGAAAGUGGCUUUUAGAUUCUUUGGUUGAGAUUUGAGAGUUAUCUGGCACUUAAAGAACUUCACGUCUAAUUUAAGUGCAAGGUCAGAUUGGAUAGAAGGUCAAAUUUGAAGGAUCGAUUCAGCGCUUACUAUAUGUAUGAUGUUGAAAAAGUUUUAAAGGUUAAAAGUAAUUGCAUUGAUGGGCAUGUUAGAAUUAGGUGUUCAUGCAUAAAAUGCAAUAAUAGCUUCUUAAUAGGAUAAUUAUUUCAAAUAUCAACCCGAGCCACAUAUAUAUCCUUACUUCAGCCUUCUACAAAUUAUCUAGCAAUGGAAUUGUUGUUAAAGCUAAAGAACUAAACAAACAAGCAAUUAAAAUGAUGUUUGAAUUCAAUCGAGAAAAGCUCACUCAGAUGUUAUUCCCCCUAGUCCCGUGCUUAGGUUGCAAAUGUGAUACUCAAGUGUGAUACGCAAACAUUCUACACCGGUUAUAGGUUGCACUUGGCAUAUAAUUGGGGUUAAGUGGUACGAGUCAACAAUUCCUUUGAAGUAGUGGGAAUUGGAAGAUCCAAUGGUAAUACGAUGUUGAUAACCCCGUACUUGUCGAGUUAAAUUUGUCCCUAUCCUAUAAUUGAGUACACCAGAUAAUAAUUGCAAAUUUCAAGAUUUAUUCCUCUACGAUUCAUAUUAAUGAUACAUAAUGUUGGAUAGUUUGAAGGGAGAGAGAAUGAAAAUACUAUCAAACAUAGCAAAACAUUUGUAGAGAUAUUUUAUUUUAUGCAACACCAAGGCAUUGAACCAGAUGUCUCAGUUUCAACAUUGGCGGCAGGGGCGCAGCCAGGAUUUGGCGGUCCCCGGAGGGGGGGGGGGGGGAGCGGAUUUCUUACUCUAUAAUCGCGAGAAGACAUUAAAAUUAACUAAAAUAAUCAGGGAAAACAGAUGUGUUAUAUUAUUAUAACUACACUUUUUUAAGAUGGCUAAAAUAACUCCAAAUAAGAUCUAAAGUUCAAAUUUCUAACAUGAUAGGUUCAUUAUAUAUUAAAAUAAAAAAUCAAUUAAAAUGUAAUUCAAUGUAGUGUAAGUGCGUAACACAUUUCAUUUUCAUUCAAAAUAAGGUCUACAAUAAUACCAUGACAUGUUUAAUAUAAAAUUAAAAACAAGCAAACAAAUUAAUAAUGCAUUUCAAGUCAAUAUUAUGUAACUCAUUCUAAUUUCAUAAUUUAAAAUAAAUAUCAUCAGCACCCCCGAGAAUUUUGAAAGCUACGUGUAAACAUUCCGAGCAUUUUGAGAUUUUCGUAUAAACUUAAGAACAAUUAAAUAUGUUACAGUGCACCAAACUAUCACAAUAAUACUUGGCAGUCCAGCGGAUGCAGUGUUUGCUUAUUCUUUCCAAGUCUUGGGUUCGAAACCUCGCCCCUGAUUGGCGGCAAUUGAAGGCAUCUACAGCAUUGAGGGGUUGAUGUUGCCUGGUAGUGGUAUGUUCAUGUGAAUUGCAAAUAUACGGACGGUCGAAGAUACACGAAGAAGAAGAGAUGGGGAAAUAACGGACUGGAGUGUUUGCUUAUUCUUUCCAAGUCUUGGGUUCGAAACCUCGCCCCUGAUUGGCGGCAAUUGAAGGCAUCUAUAACAUUGAGGGGUUGAUGUUGCCUGGUAGUGGUAUGUUCAUUGUGAAUUGCAAAUAUACGGACGGUCGAAGAUACACGAAGAAGAAGAGAUGGGCAAAUAUACGGACGGUUGAAGAUACACGAAGAAGAAGAGAUGGGUCAAAUAUAUGGGUUUUUAGUAGAGAGAUUUGUACCCAAUCCCUCACAAAUUCCUUGGAGUCAAAUCUCCAUCCAAACUAUAUGCCCAAAACUAAAGAUAAAUUGUAGUAUAAAGCAUAUAACGGACUGGAAAAUAUACCCAUCCAUUCAUAAUGAUAGCCAGGCAUCAAAUAAUUCCCCUCUGUUCUUUCUCCCAUGUUUUUGGUUCUUUGUUGAGGGUAGAUAUUAUGUAUACAAUGCAACCAUUUACGUAUUCCCUUUCUGGAUGUCUCCUUCUCAAUUUUGCUUUACAUGAGUUACAUUUGCAAUUCAUCUUUAACAACCAAGUACAGCAGACUUGGGGUACUGAUGAUACGAUGUUCCCAUGAAUGAUUGAAUUGAUAGCAGAAGGAAGUGGGACACUACUCCAGUAUAAGUGAAAGUUAGGGGGUCCAUAUUACUGUUCAUUUGGCGCAUAAACAAUUCCCUUUAAACAAAGUGUUCCCUUGGUUUGGCCUCAAAGAAGAAUCAGAAAUAGCUUUUCCGCUUCUGUGCGAUUUUUUAAGGAUAUUAUAUCAUAGGCCAUGUAUGUUCAGUUUCUAAUAUGCUAUUUUAGUACCUAAUAGGUUUAAGAGAGGAAAGAAAAGGUAGUGGGUCCGCUACCUAUUAUAAGAAAAUAAAUUUGAUUAAUGUGAUUAAUAGGAUGUGAGUUGUGUGAUGAAUGACAAUAUACUUGGUAGGAUGUGAUUUGUGAAAUGACAAUAUAAUAAUAAUAAAAGAUCACAUGACGAAAGAGGAGUGCAUAUUUAAAGGCUUGGAUUCCGGUUCAAAAUCUUAAUCUGCAAAACCCUCGACCGUAUCAUCGUAUCACGACAUAUUUAAAUAUCUGAUUAAAUAUGGGUCGAUAUAAUUCAAAAUGUAAUCUUAUUGUUGGAACAAAUGGAGUUACGUAAUCAUUUUCUCUCAAACUAUCUAUUCCCUUUUAUUUAUAUAAAAAAAAUUGAUUUUUUUUUAUGAAUGUGUGUAUGUAUUUAUCUAAAAAGUGGAGGGUCCAUAAUAAACAAAAUUUGAUUGAUAUUUCAUACAUGCGACUAGCCAAUUAUUAUGGAUGAGCGUCGCCGAUGAUGGUGGUGUAGAGAAGAGGAAGGAUGUUGACUAAUAAUGUUGUUAUCUUUAGAUAGAGAAGACGAUGAUGGUGGUGGAUCCAAAAAGUGCAGAAGACAACAUUGAUUUGUAGUAUUGUUUAUAUGAUUUGUAACAUUUGUACUUUGUAGGAUCAUUAGUGAAUAUUGUGACUGAUAAUGUUUGCUAGUUCUAUAUUCCUAACAUUUGUUAGUUUUCUUUUGCAAUAUUUAUAUGUCUGAUUUGUAAUGUUUGUCUGACUAUUUCGUUUUUAUUAUGAUUUGUAAUUUUUGUUAAUCUAUCUUGUCAAGUUUGAUAGUUAGAACUUAUAAUGUCUUUUAGUCCGGUUUCUAUUGUUUACCUGACUAAUUUGUAAUCAUUAUAUAAUGUUUCUUAGUCAAAUUUGUAUGCACUACAAGAAAACUGGUUUCUAGUCAUAGGAUAUUCUUUAAGUGAAUUUUUCUCGUACAAAGAAGUACAAAAAAAAAUCAUGGAAAAAAUUCCCAUGAUAAAUUGUAUAUUCUAGUCACGGGAAUUGACAAAUCUGUUUUUGAGUGUCCAUCUCUCGUGACUAAUGUGUUGUUACGGUAAAAUUUCUGUGAAUAAUGUGUGUUUGAAAACAUUUCAAUCUUUUACUUAAAUAAGUUAUCAUUCAUAUCAUACAUUUUGCACAGCUGGUUUAGGAGUUCAAGGCCCGACUUCAAGGUCACGAUCGUGAUUCACAGUCGCGACCUUUCUUGUGGCUCCGAUGCAUAAAGUCGCGAGUCGACUGUUUAAACUUUCUGUUUCUUCCUUGUUGGCUGCUCCAAAAGUUUGUGCCCGAAGCCUCCAAGUUCGUGACCAUGAUUUUCGAUGCAGAGGUCGCGAUCAUGUAGCUCUGAUUCACGCCCUCUCUUCGUGAUAAUGAUCUUCUUGCCUUCUAACUCGUCUCGAACAUCACAAUAAAAAUCCGAAUCAAGGCCCAAGCAUAAACCUUAACCGGGUGCAAUGUAGGGCAAGUAUGUUUUAAAAGUCAAACCCUGGUCGGUCCAUGUACCCCUACUUCGAUUGUUUGAAACAUUAUCUAGCAAACAGUUUUUGGUUGAAACUGAUUUAAAACUAAAGUGAUUGGAAAAGUAAAUGGUGGGAACACUAAUUGAGAAGGCUUCACCAGAGUGUUGUACCCCAUAGCUACAUAUAAAGGUAAGUUAAAUCGAAUGAAACUGCAUUGUAAAGGUGGUUGAUAAUAGUAGGAAAGCGCAAUAAGUGAAUCGGGUUCACUCUCUUGAUCAAUUGGCUAAGGGACUACAAAUCAAGCUACCUAGUUUAUCAAUCUAAUUGCCAUUCUAACCUAGGCAGAGAGAAAACCCCCCCCCCCCCCCUCCUUUCUUUGAAAGAGAAUGCUGGGUUUUCUUAGGCAAUUCAUUGUCCCCUGGUUAGGUUAAUGCAGGGCAAACCUCCUAUUUCAUAUUAGCACCUUUGGUUGUGGGUGGCCGUCGAAACUCCAAUUCGAGGGUGAAGUCUAACAAUCCUUAGUCAAUAGGUCGAGAGAGUCACAUUGGUGACUUGGAUCGUAUCCUCUUCCCUCAACCUAGAGACUAAGAGGGUGGCAUUGGCUACUUGUUACACUUCCCUGUGGUUUACAACCCCCUCACCACACACGCCCAUUCGAUCCGACAAGUCGUAAUUGCUAGCUAGGGGGAGCAAUUGUGGGCCGAGGCAAGAAGGAGGAUAUAAGAGGAAGUUUUAGCUGAGAAAGUCGUUGAUUCCGUAGAAGAAGGAAGUGAAGCCGAGAUGGCAGCUAAUUAUACCACUCAAGGAGGAGCGGCCGCGGAGAAGCAACUGAGGACCAUGGGCUAUUACAUAGCUCCAAUGGCGGCGGAUAUUCAACCCGACAUUCGACAUCUACCCAUGGCCGCCAAUAAUUUUGAGAUCAAGCCCACCCUUAUCACCAUUAUUCAAAACAAUUCACUAUUUCAUGGGCUUAGCAACGAGUCUCCAAGGGAGCAUAUUCAGAAGUUCAUUGAGCUUGCGGGGAGUUUGAAGAUCAAUGGUGUCAUCGAGGAUGAUUUGAAGUCGAGGCUAUUCCCCUAAUCUCUUGUGUGGAAUGCGUCUCGGUGACUCAACAAUAGGCUGACUCUCUCGAUCACUUUGUGGGAUGAUAUGUCAACAAGUUUAUGAAUUGGUAUUGCCGACCUUCAAAGAUGGCGGAGUGGCGCAAGAAGAUCACUCAUUUCGAGCAAGAGAAAGGUGAGACAUUGAGGGAUUCUUGGGAAAGAUACUCUGAUUACUUCCUCUAAUGCCCACAUCAUGGAUUCGAGGAUCAAUUCCGGAUUGAGACCUUCUAUGGAGGUCUCUACCAAGACGACAAGAUCCUCAUUGACUCCUUAUGUCAAGAGAAAUUGAUAAACAUGACUCCAACCCAAGUGACCGAGUUGCUUGAAGACAUGGCAAGUAAAGGGUAUGAUUGGGG